GGUCUGUAAGCAGCGGUUUUUUAGAGACCGAAGCCAAGCGAAGCUAGACAGAAUCUGAAAAUAUUUUCAUCGAUUUUAUCAUAAUAUAUAUUUUUUUUAAAUAAAUCCAGUGAAAUGGGUUUGCUCGUGGAUAUCGACCAUUUCUAGGGUUUGUUUGUACCGUUUUCGAUUUCGUAUUCACAGUUUCACGCCAUGAGGAAGAAGCUCGACACACGAUUCCCUGCCUCCCGUAUUAAAAAGAUAAUGCAAGCUGAUGAAGAUGUUGGGAAGAUUGCUUUGGCUGUGCCUCUCCUAGUUUCUAAAGCUUUGGAACUAUUUCUGCAAGAUCUUUGUGAUCGAACAUACCAGAUAACACUUGAAAGAGGAGCGAAGACAAUGAGUUCUUUGCAUUUGAAGCAAUGUGUACAGAGAUUUAAUGUAUUUGAUUUCCUAAGAGAAAUUGUCAGCAAGGUUCCUGAUCUAGGUUGUUCUGAUGCUGGUGGGGAGGAUCGAUCUGCCUCCAAAAGAAGGUUUUUGAAAUUGAAAGUUGUUGAUGAUGAAGGAAAUGACAGUGAUGAAGAGUCAAAGAGAAGCAGGAUGCAUGAAACAGGCCACACCGUUGGCAGUGGUAGUGGCAGUGGCAGUGGCAGUGGCAGUGGCAGAGGACGAGGAAGGGGAAGAGGAAGAGGUCGUGGGAGGGGCAGUCGAACAAUAGAAAGGGAUACCAUUGCAGAAAGUGAGAAGCCUGAAGAUGACACUGACAUGCACACUAACAAUGACAAUCAGAGCCAAAAUCCUGAGACGCGGGAUAAUGGGGCUGAGCCCGAAGAAUCAAAGGAGAAUAUAUCAGUUGUCAAGAAUGAAUCAAAGGAGAAUAUAUCAGUUGGAAAGAAUGCUGAUUCAUGUGUUCGAAACUUUGACCUGAAUGUGGAUUUGGAUGAGAAUGGAGACUCAACAUCAAUAUUGCCAGCUGCCCCUGCCCCUGCCCCUGUUACCCCAUCACCAAAACUUACUGAAAUGAAGCAUGAGGAAUACCCUGGGUGGUCCCUCUCUGACAUGGAAAAGAUGGAGAUUGAUCCCAUUCAACUGGCCAACUUAAAUCGAAGGAUAGAUGAAGAUGAGGAAGAUUAUGAUGAAGAAUAACUGACAGAUGCUGAUGCUUACCUCAAUUAGGUUAGUAGUUUCUCAUUCUGAUACAGUGGGGAAUAGAUGUUAGUAUGGUUUAAACAGAUCAGUAGAGAAAUGCUUUAGGGAAAUAGAAGAAAGCAAAGACUGAAAAGAUCAUCCUAGGUAAGCUCCAAGAUGAAAUGAUCUUUUCCUUUUUUUCUUUUUCUUUUUUUGAUCUUUAGCUGUAUAAAUAUAUUUCAGUAGCAACUGCUAACAAAGUACGGUUUAAAAAGAAGUGAUUUCCCUGAGCAAUUUGGUAGGAUUUAUGUGACUACCUUUGUUUGAGCUAGCAUUUUUUGGUCCUGUCUCUUUCUUUCUCCCUGCAUGUGCCGUCUUGGGGGCUGGAUCUUUAUGGUGGAUUUGGGAUUUCAAUGUUUCAUGUCUGGGAGGUGUUCUUUGAUGGGCCAUUUAUCUGACCAUUGAAAAUGGAAUCAUCUGGAUAUGUGGUUGAGAUGGACAAGGAGGGAGUUCAUGUUCUGAUGCAUCACACAGUGGAUAGUGAUUUGUUGUAAAUAAACUUAGAUACAUUAAUCACUGUUGGUUCACAUGCUAUAUAAUCCAAGUGAUUAUAUAGUUUCUGAUAAUGCUUCUUUAAUGGGCUCUGAUGUAUCCAGAACUUUCUGCAUUUCAGAUGAUGUUGGGGCUGUAAGUUUAUUGAACAAUUUUGAUCUGGUUGUAAUAGGAAUUAGAAGCUUCCCCAUUGUUUUCCCUGUAUUAUUGGUGAAAUGGGAUUUAUAAUUGCUUGCUGAUG